AUGGCAGACUCACAACUUCCCGAGGUUGACCUCGAUAAUGUCAUCGACAGGCUUCUAGAGGUCCGAGGGUCACGACCAGGGAAGCCGGUGCAUCUGGAGGAGUAUGAGAUCAAAUAUCUCUGCCUCAAGGCGCGCGACAUCUUCAUCAACCAGCCCAUUCUUCUCGAACUUGAGGCGCCAAUCAAGAUUUGCGGCGACAUUCACGGCCAAUAUUACGACCUGCUUCGUCUCUUCGAAUAUGGUGGCUUCCCUCCAGAGGCGAAUUAUCUCUUCCUGGGCGAUUACGUCGACCGAGGAAAGCAAUCGCUGGAGACAAUCUGCUUGCUUCUUGCUUACAAGAUCAAGUACCCCGAAAACUUCUUCAUCCUGCGUGGAAAUCACGAGUGCGCAAGCAUCAACCGUAUCUACGGCUUCUACGACGAAUGCAAGCGGAGAUUCAACAUUAAGCUCUGGAAGACGUUCACCGACUGCUUCAACUGUCUCCCCAUCGCAGCGAUCAUUGACGAGAAGAUCUUUACGAUGCACGGAGGAUUGUCGCCGGACCUACAGAGCAUGGAGCAGAUCAGGAGGGUGAUGAGGCCGACAGACGUACCAGAUACAGGACUGCUCUGCGAUCUCUUGUGGUCAGAUCCAGACAAGGACAUUUCGGGUUGGUCGGAAAAUGAUCGAGGCGUUUCAUUCACCUUCGGACCGGACGUCGUAUCGCGAUUCCUUCAAAAGCACGACAUGGACCUGAUUUGUAGGGCGCAUCAGGUCGUGGAGGAUGGGUACGAGUUCUUUGCGAAACGGCAAUUAGUCACGCUCUUUUCGGCGCCCAACUACUGUGGCGAAUUUGACAAUGCGGGAGCAAUGAUGAGUGUCGACGAGACGCUGCUCUGUUCCUUCCAGAUCCUCAAACCGGCUGAGAAGAAGCAGAAGUACGCGUACGGCGGAAUCAAUAUGGGCAAGCCGGUUACGCCACCGCGCAAGCAAAAGAAGAAGGGCGAAAACAAGUAG